AUCCACCAUGCGCUGAGUGUUGAGGACAACCUGCUGCAGCCCUGCAGGAAGCUCCUAGCCUUUGCUGGAUGUGUGUGUCUCAGGGUGGCAUGCCCGGCUCAGCCUAGGUACGGGUACCGUGCCAGCUCCCAGAGGACCUCAGUGUAUGCCCGUCUGACCGGGGCCCUGCUGGAGGCCACCGCCGCCCUCGGGGCCCGCAGCACUCUGACCAGUGUAACUGUGGGCUCCACUGGCCACGCCAUGCUCAAAGGUAAGAGGGUGUGUGUGUAUAUAUGAUACAAUAGACUAGGUUAUCUGUGUGUGUGUGUGUGACAAGCCAAUGUUCUGUUUAAACUGAGAAGGUCCCUCAGAAGGACCCAUAAAUCCAUCUGUGGUUUGUAUUCUCAUAAUAAUGCAGUAAACCGACUACUACAAUUACACUGUAAACCUGUUCAGACGCAUUUUGUACCACACAUUUAUUGCAGUUUAACAGAAAGUGGUUUGAACUUCAGAUUACCUAGGUAGAACUUGAAUUGGCUUGUAUUUUAGUCUGACUUCGCUCUGUCCCUGGCUCGUGUCCCAGAAGCGAAGGUCUCUGUGUUACUGUGGGUUGUUCCUGAGAUUUGAUCGAAUAGAAGAGGUUCUCAUUAGUUCUGUAUUCCCCUGCUCUCAUUUUCCCACAUGCUGGCUAGCUAAGGUCUGGUCACAUUGGGCCAUGUGAGAGAGGAGAGGAUGGGGACUGUGGUUUUCAUCUCCACCCCCUGUCUGUCUGGCUGUCUAACCUAGGCCAGGCACUCAGCACGUUGGGACCAGUGGUCGUAUAUACUUUGUUGUUUUAGACUUUCACAGGUUUCACAAGUAUUGGGUAUCAUAAAAAAAAACUACUCAUUGAUUGAGUUAUUUCUAGCACCUUAACUCUGUAACCUAAGGCCUGGAGUAGGUCUUGCUUUCAGAGCUGUUCAAAUCUUAUGUUCUCUAAAGUUCUUAUUUGUUAGUGUGGGUGAAAUACAGAAGAUCAAAAAGAUGCAAUUCCAUAAAAUGUCUCCAUGAGUAAGACUACAUCUGCUGGUUUCCCAACGUUAUUAUUCAGAGAUAUUAGAUAUGAAUCCUUGUGUUGAUGAGACAGAUGGUGCCAACUAAUGAUAAAAACAACCCACGCUAAUCUAUUCACUCUGGUUUAGCUAAGUGGCCUGCAAUGAGUCACGCUGAGGUUCAACUCUGCACCUCCUCCAAAUCAGAAAAGCCAGGAAAUUAAAAACGCAAUAUGCACUUCAAAGAUGGCUGCUUUGCUCCUUUGAUUAGCACAAGUACUUUUUCCCCUCUCUCCUUGAUUGUCUCCUGGUCUAAUCUGAUGUUGGCUGACUUCUGCCUUCUUUCUGGCCGGCUCUCACACACUAUCUGUCUCUCUCGGUCUCUGUCUCUCUCUCGGUCUCUGUCUCUCUCGGUCUCGGUCUCGGUCUCUGUCUCUCUCGGUCUCGGUCUCUGUCUCUCUCGGUCUCGGUCUCUGUCUCUCUCGGUCUCGGUCUCUGUCUCUCUCUGUCUCGGUCUCUGUCUCUGUCUCUCUCUGGUCUCUGUCUCUCUCGGUCUCGGUCUCUGUCUCUCUCGGUCUCUGUCUCUCUCGGUCUCUGUCUCUCUCGGUCUCGGUCUCUCUCGGUCUCUGUCUCGGUCUCGGUCUCUGUCUCUCUCGGUCUCUGUCUCGGUCUCGGUCUCUGUCUCUGUCUCUCUCGGUCUCCUCGGUCCCCUGUCCUCUCGUCUCGGUCCCCGGUCUCUGUCUCUCUCGGUCUCUGUCUCUCUCUCGGUCUCCUCUGUCUCUCUCUCUGUCUCGGUUCCUCUGUUCCUCUGUUCUCUCUCGUCGUCUCGUCUGUCUCGGUCGGCUCGUCUCGUCUCUCUCGGUCUCUGUCUCCUCUCUCGGUCUGCUCGGUCUCUGUUUUUCUCGGUCUCGUCUCGGUCUCGUCUCUCUCGGUCUCUGGUCUCUCGGUUCUUCUGUCUCUCUCGGUCUCUGUCUCGUCCUCUCGUCGUUCUCGGUCUCUGUCUCUGUUCUCUUCCUCGGUCUCGGUCUCUGUCUCUCUCGGUCUCGGUCUCUUCUCGUUCUCUCUCUCUGUCUCUCUCUCUCGGUCUCUGUCUCUCUCGGUUCUCGUCUCUCUCGUCUCUGGUCUCUCUUGUCUCCGUCUGUCUCUCUCGGUCUCUGUCUCUCCGGUCGUCUGUCUCUCGGUCUCGUCCUCUGUCUCUUCUCCGGUCUCGGUUCCUCUUUCUCUCGGUCUCGCUCUGUCUCGGUCUCUGUCCUGUCUUGUCGUCUCUGUCUCUGUCUCUCUCGGCUGGUCUGUCCUGUCUCUCUCCUCGGUCUCUGUCUCUCUCGGUCUCGGUCUCUGUCUCUCUCUCGUCGUCUCGUCUCUGUCUCUCUCUUCGGUCUCUCGUCUCGUCUCUGCUCGUCUCUCGGUCUCGUUGUCUCGUCUCUGUCUCUCUCUCCGGUCCCUCGGUCUCGGUCCUCUGUCUCUGUUUCUCUCUCUCUCGGUCCUCGGUCUCUGUCUCGUCUCGGUCCUCUGUCUCUCUCUGUCUCGUUCGUCUCUCUCGGUCUCUGUCCUCUCUGUCCGUCUCUGUCCUCUCUCGGUCUCUGUCCUCUCUCUCUCUCUCUCGGUCUCUGUCUCUCUUCUCUCUGUCUCUGUCUCUCUCUCUGUCUCGGUCUCGUCUCUAUCUCUGGUCUCUGUCUCUGUCUCUCUCUCGUCUCUGUCUCUCUCUCUCUCUCUCUCGGUCUCCUGUCUCUCUCGGUCUCCUGUCUCUCUCUUCUCUGGUCUCUGUUCUCUCUCUCUCUCGGUCUCUGUCUCUCCUCGCGGUCUUCUCGCUCUCUCUCUCUCGGUCUCUCUCUCUCUCUCGGUCUCUCUCUCUCUCUCGGUCUCUCUCUCUCUCUCGGUCUCUCGGUCUCUCUCUCUCGGUCUCUCUCUCUCUCUCGGUCUCGGUCUCUGGCUCUGGUCUCAGUACCUCUUGGCUCUGCGUCUCCUGCUCUGUCCUCUCGGCCUCUCUGGCUCUGUCCUCUCGGUCCUCUGGCUCUGUCCUGCUUCGGUCUCUGGCCUCUGUCUCCUGUCACUCUGUCCUCUGUAUCUCUCUAUCUCUCACGCUCUUCAAUGAUGGUUUCACCUUGAAGUCUCCCAUGGGCCUGUCUAGCGCGAUGAUGUAACACACACACACAGAGAGAGCGCUGUAAGCUUAUCCCCCCUCUGGCUCUGAUGAAAAUCCUGCUGGACAGAGGCCAGGUGACAGGCCGUCUGUGAUGCGGCUUUGACACGUUGAGUCACUAGCCCCCUCGCCAUCCCCACCGUCCAAAUAUUAAUUGCAGGAGCAUUCCUUUGUUAUAGAGUCCGGGAAACCGUACGCCGUUCGUUGAAAACCAGAACUGAAAUCUGAUGUAGCCCUUUGUAGGACUUGAUUGAGAUGCCGGUAACUGUCGUGUGAGGUUGGAUUGAGACGGUACAUAGGGAGAAAGAGACUCACAAUGUUAGGCUAUGAGUAACAUGCUAUGGACUGCAGAAUGUAUUCACCCAGCAGGUUUAGAAACUAUAGCAGUUUACUUGAGUACUUCUCUUAUUUGUACAGAAUGAUCCACAGGAAAGGUUUUGAGUCAAAGCCUGCAGAAUACAUAUAGACUCUACCUGCCUUUGUUUGAUUUACAGACUCGGUUCUGGUAAAUAAAAACACUUGGUCCGAAACACACCUGUCCUCUUUCUUUGAUAUACAGAUUGAUGAUGAUCUAUAUAAUGUAGUCUCCCUCAGGAGUCCAGUUGAUGUUUCCAUCUGUGGAAGAGUAUUUUCAUAAUAGAACGUCAGUCAGGGGUUUGUGUUGCUUGAAGUCGAGGCUGAAUGUGGUUGGGACUGUACCACACACAGCGGAUGAGUCCAUCACCACCCAGCGAUCUUGUUCUCAUCUCUGAAGAAAGGGUUAAUACAAUGCUUACAUUUUCCAAAGGGUCCCGGUCAGAGGCUUUUGUGUUGAGAUCCACCGGUCUUCUCUCCCCCUCCUCCUUGCCUCAUUUCAAUGGGCUACAUACUGUUACUGUCAUGUCCUCUUCAGGACAUUGUCACUGAUGUUAAAAAGCUGGUAUAGUCUUCCAGCCAAGAACCAGUGUUUACUGCGACUAUCUACUGUAAUAUAUAAAGAACAGAUACAGUAAGGUGUAGUUUGCUAUUGAGAGCUUAUUUAGAGAUGGGAACAAUAUUAUUUUGUGACUGAUGACAUUUGUGAAGACUUAUGACUUUUAUAGAUCAUGCCAAAUGAUCAGAAGCAUUCUAACACUCGAUAAAGGUGUUUCAGAGUUGGGGCACGUGAGCUCGGACAUAGAUGUUCACAGGCACUCAGAUGACAGAAAGACUCAGUAAUGUUAGUGCUGUAUGCGGAUCGAGCAUAUUCAAAACCACACUCGUCGUUAUUGUUAUGAUGGUCUGGGUGACAUACUGGCAGCUGCAAACACAAAUAACCGCUUUCGAAAAAUGCUGACUGGAAUAGCCGGGUCAAGAUCAGGUCACGGUACAGUGAGAUUCACCAGUAUGCUAGAGUGAAAAGCGGUUGUUUGUCUGAAGUGCAGACCCACACGGCGAGAGGUUAGAGAGGCUGUGUGUGGAAGCCCAGGUUGUGUCAGCUAGCAUUGUUUAUGAUGUUUACGUUGAACUGCUGCGCGGUGACUGCGCUAGACUAGCUCUCGCAUUGUCAGACAGCUUGUGGAGAAAAAGCAGGUGUGGGUUAAACAAUGAAGCCUUUCCUCCUCUGAGUAGUCAUGUUGUGAAAAGCCGUGUUCAGUUUUUUGUUUGUGUGCUGAAUAGGGUGAAGUUUGAAGUCUUUUGUCCUACAUGGUCUAAAUGGGGUCUAAAUGACUAAGAGGAAUACUGUUUGGCUUCCUCCCAACAGGCUGUUGAUAUUAUACAUUGUGUGUUUGAACCAUUAUUUGGCAAUAUGGGGGUGACGCUUAGGGGGAAGUCUCCAGUUUUUAAGGCAGUCAAUGGUGUAUGACCUCAUGCCUUGCAGAGGUGGUACCACAGGUCCCAGAGUGGUGGGGCAGAAAGAAAAUCCCUGGGGCCCAGAGUUUUUCCUUAUCUGGUAACCUAUCCAGGUAAAACUGGACCUUUUAUGCGGUAUGAAGUGAUUUAUCAGUUGUAAAAAGGUUUAAUAUGGGCCAUGAUGGGACCAGAGUUUUUGUAAUCCGGUCACAUGGUUUUAAAAAAUCUCCUGGAAAACUCCUGGCCUUGGGAAGAUGAAAACCCUGUCAAACUGCAGCAACCUGUACUUGUUCAUAUUAAUUACUUUUUAAAGCUAGACUAACAGGUGGGUUUCCUCUGCACAGACACAGAGACGGCAACAUGAUUGGACAAUAGCACUCACAGGGCUGAGCUUGCUUUAUGCAGGUUUGCAUCAUGUAGUCUUGCCCUAUGCAACUGUAGGCCUAAUUAAAACUGAUGUCAGUCUGUCAGCUAUUGUGUAAUAGUAAUUCAAGUUAAUAAUUGUGGCUUUAAAACUUCUAGGUAGCCUAGUCAGCCUAAGUUUGAAAAUAAACCAAAUUUGAGCCCAUUCACAUUCAUAUUAACACAAAUAAAUGGUCUAUAAAUACAUAAUGUUACGGUUUCGUUUACCCUGGCAUAGUAGACUGUAUGAAGCUGCUGUUGUUAGUAGCCUACAGUUUAUCAGACAGAAAAAUAAUCUAGGUUCCAUGCAAUACAGCAUGCCAGAUAGUCUUUAAUGUUUAGGUGUAGGCUGCUACAACAUUUAUAAAGAGUUUGUGUCUGUCGGGAGUGAUGUGUUAUCAGCAGUGGCGUAGCGCAGUUUUGCAAGGCCACAUGCGAGGUCCGAUCAAGUCCCCCCCCCUCAAAAAAACAAAAAUUAUUUAUACAGUGGGGAGAACAAGUAUUUGAAACACUGCCAAUUUGGCAGGUUUUCCUACUUACAAAGCAUGUAGAGGUCUGUAAUUUUUAUCAUAGGUACACUUCAACUGUGAGAGACGGAAUCUAAAACAAAAAUCCAGAAAAUCACAUUGUAUGAUUUUUAAGUAAUUAAUUUGCAUUUUAUUGCAUGACAUAAGUAUUUGAUACAUCAGAAAAGCAGAACUUAAUAUUUGGUACAGAAACCUUUGUUUGCAAUUACAGAGAUCAUACGUUUCCUGUAGGUCUUGACCAGGUUUGCACACACUGCAGCAGGGAUUUUGGCCUACUCCUCCAUACAGACCUUCUCCAGAUCCUUCAGGUUUCGGGGCUGUCACUGGGCAAUACGGACUUUCAGCUCCCUCCAAAGAUUUUCUAUUGGGUUCAGGUCUGGAGACUGGCUAGGCCACUCCAGGACCUUGAGAUGCUUCUUACGGAGCCACUCCUUAGUUGCCCUGGCUGUGUGUUUCAGGUCGUUGUCAUGCUGGAAGACCCAGCCACGACCCAUCUUCAAUGCUCUUACUGAGGGAAGGAGGUUGUUGGCCAAGAUCUCACGAUACAUGGCCCCAUCCAUCCUCCCCUCAAUACGAUGCAGUCGUCCUGUCCCCUUUGCAGAAAAGCAUCCCCAAGGAAUGAUGUUUCCACCUCCAUGCUUCACGGUUGGGAUGGUGUUCUUGGGGUUGUACUCAUCCUUCUUCUUCCUCCAAACACGGCGAGUGGAAUUUAGACCAAAAAGCUAUAUUUUUGUCUCAUCAGGCCACAUGACCUUCUCCCAUUCCUCCUCUGGAUCAUCCAGAUGGUCAUUGGCAAACUUCAGACGGGCCUGGACAUGCGCUGGCUUGAGCAGGGGGACCUUGCGUGCGCUGCAGGAUUUUAAUCCAUGACGGAGUAGUGUGUUACUAAUGGUUUUCUUUGAGACUGUGGUCCCAGCUCUCUUCAGGUCAUUGACCAGGUCCUGCCGUGUAGUUCUGGGCUGAUCCCUCACCUUCCUCAUGAUCAUUGAUGCCCCAACGAGGUGAGAUCUUGCAUGGAGCCCCAGACCGAGGGUGAUUGACCAUCUUGAACUUCUUCCAUUUUCUAAUAAUUGCGCCAACAGUUGUUGCCUUCUCACCAAGCUGCUUGCCUAUUGUCCUGUAGCCCAUCCCAGCCUUGUGCAGGUCUACAAUUUUAUCCCUGAUGUCCUUACACAGCUCUCUGGUCUUGGCCAUUGUGGAGAGGUUGGAGUCUGUUUGAUUGAGUGUGUGGACAGGUGUCUUUUUAUAUAGGUAACGAGUUCAAACAGGUGCAGUUAAUACAGGUAAUGAGUGGAGAACAGGAGGGCUUCUUAAAGAAAAACUAACAGGUCUGUGAGAGCCGGAAUUCUUACUGGCUGGUAGGUGAUCAAAUACUUAUGUCAUGCAAUAAAAUGCAAAUUCAUUACUUAAAAAUCAUACAAUGUGAUUUUCUGGAUUUUUGUUUUAGAUUCCGUCUCUCACAGUUGAAGUGUACCUAUGAUAAAAAUGACAGACCUCUACAUGCUUUGUAAGUAGGAAAACCUGCAAAAUCGGCAGUGUAUCAAAUACUUGUUCUCCCCACUGUGUGUAUAUAUAUACAUAUAUCUCCAUCCAUCCAUCUCGGGAAAAAAUUAAGAGACCACUGCAAAAUUCAGUUUCUCUGGUUUUACUAUUUAUAGGUAUGUGUUUGGGUAAAAAUAACAUUUUUGUUUUAUUCUAUAAACUAUUGACAACAUUUCUCCCAAAUUCUAAAUAAAAAUAUUGUCAUUUAAAGCAUUUAUUUGAAGAAAAUGAGAACUGGUCAAAAUAACAAAAAAGAUGCAGUGUUGUCAGACCUCGAAUAAUGCAAAGAAAAUAAGUUAAUGUUCAUUUUUAAACAACACAAUAGUAAUGUUUUAACUUAGGAAGAGUUAAGAAAUCAAUAUUUGGUGGAAUAACCCUGAUUUUCAAAUCACAGCUUUCAUGCGUCUUGGCAUGCUCUCCACCAGUCUUUCACAUUGAUGUUGGGUGACUUUAUGCCACUCCUGGCGCAAAAAUCAAGCAGCUCGGCUUUGUUUGAUGGCUUGUGACCAUCCAUCUUCCUCUUGAUCACAUUCCAGAAGUUUUCAAUGGGGUUCAGGUCUGGAGAUUGGGCUGGCCAUGACAGGGUCUUGAUCUGGUGGUCCUCCAUCCACACCUUGAUUGACCUGGCUGUGUGGCAUGGUACAUUGUCCUGCAGGAAAAACCAUUCCUCAGAGUUGGGGAACAAUGACAGAGCAAAAGGAAGCAAGUUUUCUUCCAGGACAACCUUGUACAUGGCUUGAUUCAUGCGUCCUUCACAAAGACAAAUCUGCCCGAUUCCAGCCUUGCUGAAGCACCCCCAGAUCAUCACCGAUCCUCCACCAAAUUUCACAGUGGGUGCGAGACACUGUGGCUUGUAGGCCUCUCCAGGUCUCCGUCUAACCAUUAGACGACCAGGUGUUGGGCAAAGCUGAAAAUUGGACUCAUCAGAGAAGAUGACCUUACUCCAGUCCUCUACGGUCCAAUCCUUAUGGUCUUUUGCAAACCUCAGCCUGGCUCUUCUUUGCUUCUCAUUGAUGAAGGGCUUUUUUCUAGCUUUGCACGACUUCAGCCCUGCCCCUAGGAGCCUGUUUCGAACCGUCCUCGCCGUGCACUUCACCCCAGCUGCCGUUUGACAUUCUUUUUGUAGGUCACUUGAUGUCAUCCUACGGUUGUUGAGUGACAUUCGAAUGAGUUGGCGGUCAUCCCGGUCAGUAGAGUCGUUUUCGCCCUCUGCCGGUCUGUAGCUUUGUUGUCCCCAAUGUCUGCUGCUUGAACUUGUUCUUAUGAACCGCCGUCAUUUACAUUUUAAGGAUGGAUGCAACCUGACGCUCCCUGUAUCCCUCUGCCAGUAAAGCCAGAAUUGAACCCUUCUUUUCCUCACUCAACACUUUCCUUUUCAAGUAUUUUGGCAUGGUCAAUAGUUCUUUUUUGAUUAAUAUUACUUUUGAGGUACUACUAGCACUGUUUUUGCCAUCCAGAUGGUCCUAUUGCAGGAGGAUAGUGAUGACCACAGCAGUGGUUUUUAUACUUUUCCUCGUUAAAUAAGAUUUGGUUCAGGUGAUCACCUAAUCAGUACCUAAUUCAGUAGAAUGAGGUGUGCCUGUGUUGGAAAUCAACAGACACUGGAAUGGAAUGGCUGUCAUACAUGUAGAGAUGCUAAUUUAAGAAAAAUGUGCAGUGGUCUCUUACAUUUUUCCAGAGCUGUGUGUGUGUGUAUGUAUAUAUGUAUGUGUGUAUAUGUGUAUGUAUAUAGAUAUAAUGAGGGAAAAAAGUAUUUGAUCCCCUGCUGAUUUUGUACGCUUGCCCACUGACAAAGAAAUGAUCAGUCUAUAAUUGUAAUGGUACGUUUAUUUGAACAGUGAGAGACAGAAUAACAACAAAAACAUCCAGAAAAACGAAUGUCAAAAAUGUUAUAAAUUGAUUUGCAUUUUAAUGAGGGAAAUAAGUAUUUGACCCCCUCUCAAUCAGAAAGAUUUCUGGCUCCCAGGUGUCUUUUAUACAGGUAAUGAGCUGAGAUUAGGAGCACACUCUCUUAAAGGGAGUGCUCCUAAUCUCAGCUUGUUACCUGUAUAAAAGACACCUGUCCACAGAAGCAAGCAAUCAAUCAAUCAGAUUCCAAACUCUCCACCAUGGCCAAGACCAAAGAGCUCUCAAAGGAUGUCAGGGACAAGAUUGUAGACCUACACAAGGCUGGAAUGGGCUACAAGACCAUCGCCAAGCAGCUUGGUGAGAAGGCGACAACAGUUGGUGCGAUUAUUCGCAAAUGGAAGAAACACAAAAGACUGUCCAUCUCCCUCUGCCUGGGGCUCCAUGCAAGAUCUCACCUUGUGGAGUUGCAAUGAUCAUGAGAACGGUGAGGAAUCAGACCAGAACUACACGGGAGGAUCUUGUCAAUGAUCUCAAGGCAGCUGGGACCAUAGUCACCAAGAAAACAAUUGGUAACACACUACGCCGUGAAGGACUGAAAUCCUGCAGCGCCCGCAAGGUCCCCCUGCUCAAGAAAGCACAUAUACAGGCCCGUCUGAAGUUUGCCAAUGAACAUCUGAAUGAUUCAGAGGAGAACUGGGUGAAAGUGUUGUGGUCAGAUGAGACCAAAAUUGAGUUAUUUGGCAUCAACUCAACUCACCGUGUUUGGAGGAGGAGGAAUGCUGCCUAUGACCCCAAGAACACCAUCCCCACCGUCAAACAUGAAGGUGGAAACAUUAUGCUUUGGGGGUGUUUUUCUGCUAAGGGGACAGGACAACUUCACCGCAUCAAAGGGACGAUGGACGGGGCCAUGUACCGUCAAAUCUUGGGUGAGAACCUCCUUCCCUCAGCCAGGGCAUUGAAAACAGAUUUUCUAUGGGAUUAAGGUCUGGAGACUGGCUAGGCCAUUCCAGCAUGACAAUGACUUAAAACACACGGCCAAGGCAACAAAGGAGUGGCUCAAGAAGAAGCACAUUAAGGUCCUGGAGUGGCCUAGCCAGUCUCCAGACCUUAAUCCCAUAGAAAAUCUGUGGAGGGAACUAAAGGUUAAAGUUGCCAAACGUCAGCCUCUAAACCUUAAUGACUUGGAGAAGAUCUGCAAAGAGGAGUGGGACAAAAUCCCUCCUGAGAUGUGUGCAAACUUGGUGGCCAACUACAAGAAACGUCUGACCUCUGUGAUUGCCACCAAGGGUUUUUACCACCAAGUACUAAGUAAUGUUUUGCAGAGGGGUCAAAUACUUAUUUCCCUCAUUAAAAUGCAAAUUAAUGUAUAACAUUUUUGACAUGCGUUUGUCUGGAUUUUUUUGUUGUUAUUCUGUCUCUCACUGUUCAAAUAAACCUACCAUUAAAAUUAUAGACUGAUCAUGUCUUUGUCAGUGGGCAAACGUACAAAAUCAGCAGGGGAUCAAAUACUUUUCCCCCUCACCGAUUAGGUGAUCACCUGAACCAAAUCUUAUUUAACAAGGAAAAGUAUAAAAACCACUGCUGUGGUCAUCACUAUCCUCCUGCAAUAGGACCAGCUGGAUGGCAAAAACAGUGCUAGUAGUACCUCAAAAGUAAUAUUAAUCAAAAAAGAACUAUUGACCAUGCAAAAAUACUUGAAAAGGAAAGUUUUGAGUGAGGAAAAGAAGGGGUCAAUUCUGGCUUUACUGGCAGAGGGAUACAGUGAGCGUCAGGUUGCUUCCAUCCUUAAAAUUUCACUGACAACAAAGCUACAGACCAGCAGAGGGCGAAAACGACUCUCUACUGACCGGGAUGACCGCCAACUCAUUCGAAUGUCACUCAACGACCGUAGGAUGACAUCAAGUGACCUACAAAAAGAAUGGCAAACGGCAGCAGGAGUGAAGUGUAUGGCGUGGACUGUUCGAAACAGGCUCCUAGGGGCAGGGCUGAAGUCGUGCAAAGCUAGAAAAAAACCCUUAAUCAAUGAGAAGCAAAGAAGAGCCAGGCUGAGGUUUGCAAAAGACCAUAAGGAUUGGACCGUAGAGGACUGGAGUAAGGUCAUCUUCUCUGAUGAGUCCAAUUUUCAGCUUUGCCCAACACCUGGUCGUCUAAUGGUUAGACGGAGACCUGGAGAGGCCUACAAGCCACAGUGUCUCGCACCCACUGUGAAAUUUGGUGGAGGAUCGGUGAUGAUCUGGGGGUGCUUCAGCAAGGCUAGAAUCGGGCAGAUUUGUCUUUGUGAAGGACGCAUGAAUCAAGCCACGUACAAGAUUGUCCUGGAAGACGACUUGCUUCCUUUUGCUCUGACAUUGUUCCCCAACUCUGAGGAAUGGUUUUUCCUGCAGGACAAUGUACCAUGCCACACAGCCAGGUCAAUCAAGGUGUGGAUGGAGGACCACCAGAUCAAGACCCUGUCAUGGCCAGCCCAAUCUCCAGACCUGAACCCCAUUGAAAACUUCUGGAAUGUGAUCAAGAGGAAGAUGGAUGGUCACAAGCCAUCAAACAAAGCUGAGCUGCUUGAUUUUUGCGCCAGGAGUGGCAUAAAGUCACCCAACAUCAAUGUGAAAGACUGGUGGAGAGCAUGCCAAGACGCAUGAAAGCUGUGAUUGAAAAUCAGGGUUAUUCCACCAAAUAUUGAUUUGUGAACUCUUCCUAAGUUAAAACAUUACUAUUGUGUUGUUUAAAAAUGAACAUGAACUUAUUUUCUUUGCAUUAUUCGAGGUCUGACAACACUGCAUAUUUUUUGUUAUUUUGACCAGUUGUCAUUUUCUGCUAAAAAUGCUCUAAAUGACAAUAUUCUUAUUUGGAAUUUGGGAGAAAUGUUGUCAGUAGAUUUAUAGAAUAAAACUAAAAUGUUUAUUUUUACCCAAACACAUACCUAUAAAUGGUAAAACCAGAGAAACUGAUAAUUUUGCAGUGGUCUCUUAAUUUUUUUCCGCAGCUGUGUAUGUAUGUGUAUGUUAUGUAUGUGUAUGUUAUGAAAACAGCUAACUGCGGGGAUGUGUUGUCACGUUUGCUAAAUAAAUAAGCUACCAGAGGAAAGUGGAGAGCGCGAUUUCCUUAAAUCUGAUUUCUCAAGACGCGCACAGUGCUUGCAGCAGCACUCUGAUGUGAAGGACAGUGACAUUGUGUGCGAGUUGACCAAUCAUGAGGGAAUUUGGUUAAAAAAAACAGCACUUUGCGCCUCUUAACACUUUAGCAUCAAUGUUUUUUAUUAAACUAAAUCAAAAGUGGUGAGGCGCUGCCCCAACUGAGUAAAAAGUGCUGGGGAAAAUGCCAGCUUGCCACACGUAUUCCAGCGGCACUGAAUAUUACCUUGAUAUACUGUUAGUUAGACUUAAAUGUUCCUUUGUACUCUUUGGACUGGGGAGUGACUAAGCUUUUAUCAAAUAUUUAUCUGAAACCAAUUUUACAACCACCAGUAAAUCAAUGGUACACUCCUUUUCUCUGAGAUUUCCCUCCACUUUGUAAUGAGUCAUAUUUAGCUUUUAGACUACAUGUUUACAUACCUGACUCCCCCUCUGUAGAGGGACACGUAUAGGCUACAUGUGUAUGUAAACUGACCCCCAGAGAGGAGUGGAGAGGAGCUGGGAUGAGGGGAGGGAGGAGUUUAGGGGCGAUAUGUUUCUCUGUGGGGGGGGGUUGGGGGGGGGGAUAACUCUAGCCGGAGGUGGAGGUGGGGGGGGGGGGGGGGGGGGGUGGGCUGGCUGCAGGCGUUGCUGGCGCAUGGCUGUGAGGUUUGUAGCGUGUCAGCUUGGGGAGCAGCAGAGCAACGAGAGCUGGAGAGCAGCUGGCGCUCUUGGGCUGCUCAAAUGUGGACAAGUGCACCUCGCCGGUGCUGUGUGAUCAACCAUGGAGCUAACAGUAACGACAGCGCUGCUCCCGCCGUCUGCGGCUCAGCCAUGAAGCACUCCCAUAGGAUGGACUUCAAGCUGAUCAGUAAGUAGGCUUUAAAUGAACCCGUCUAGACAGACAGGAUUCAGUGCUGUAGUCCUAUGGAAUGGACUAUACUGGGACUGUACUGUGAGUGUGUGGACUAUACUGUGAGUGUGUGGACUACUGUGACUAUACUGUGAGUGUGUGGACUACUGUGACUAUACUGUGAGUGUGUAGACUAUACUAUGACUAUACUGUGAGUGUGUGGACUAUACUGUGACUAUAAUGUGAGUGUGUGGACUACUGUGACUAUACUGUGAGUGUGUAGACUAUACUAUGACUAUACUGUGAGUGUGUGGACUAUACUAUGACUAUAAUGUGAGUGUGUGGACUAUACUGUGACUGUACUGUGAGUGUGUAGACUAUACUGUGACUAUACUGUGCGUGUGUAGACUAUACUGUGACUAUACUGUGAGUGUGUAGACUAUACUGUGACUAUACUGUGAGUGUGUAGACUAUACUGUGACUAUACUGUGAGUGUGUAGACUAUACUGUGACUAUACUGUGAGUGUGUAGACUAUACUGUGACUAUACUGUGAGUGUGAGACUAUACUGUGAGUGUGUGGACUAUACUGUGAGUGUGUAGACUACUGUGACUAUACUGUGAGUGUGCAGACUAUACUAUGACUAUACUGUGAGUGUGUGGACUAUACUGUAACUAUACGGUGAGUGUGUAGACUAUACUGUGACUAUACUGUGAGUGUGGUAUGGACUAUACUGUGGACUAUAACUGUGAGUGUGUAGACUAUACUGUGCAGUGUGUGUAGACUAUACUGUGACUAUACUGUGAGUGUUAUACUAUACUGUGACUAUACUGUGAGUGUGUAGACUAUACUGUGACUAUACUGUGAGUGUGUAGACUAUACUGUGACUACUGUGAGUGUGUGGACUAUACUGUGACUAUACUGUGAGUGUGUGGACUAUACUGUGACUAUACUGUGAGUGUGUAGACUAUACUGUGACUACUGUGAGUGUGUAGACUAUACUGUGACUGUACUGUGAGUGUGUAGACUAUACUGUGACUACUGUGAGUGUGUGGACUAUACUGUGACUAUACUGUGAGUGUGUGGACUAUACUGUGACUAUACUGUGAGUGUGUGGACUAUACUGUGACUAUACUGUGAGUGUGUGGACUAUACUGUGACUAUACUGUGAGUGUGUGUGUGGACUAUACUGUGACUAUACUGUGAGUGUGUGUGGACUAUACUGUGAUUAUACUGUGAGUGUGUGUUGUGUGUGUGGACUAUACUGUGACUACUGUGAGUGUGUGGACUAUACUGUGAUUAUACUGUGAGUGUGUGUGUGUGGACUAUACUGUGACUACUGUGAGUGUGUGGACUAUACUGUGAGUGGAUAGAGGCUCUCUUCACUCAACAGUAAGCUAUCUGCCUGCACCUUAGCAGCCUUCUCAAGUGUGUGUGGUAGAUUUCUUCAGUUUCUAUAGCUAGCCUAGUCCUGUGGGUUGUAACUUGCUUGUGUGCCUCUAGUCUCCACAGGUUGAUUUUUCUGUCUCCAGAGCGGUCACGGACUGUUGCUACUCCUGUCUGUCUGUCCGUCUGUCCGUGGCUAGUUUACCAGGACUGGCUGGUCACAUUAUGUCCUGGUUUGUAAUGGGAUGUUUUAUUUCGAGCUCCAAGGACAGACUUCUGUCCCUCUACAGUCUGUUGCAAUGUUGUUUUGAAAGAUGUGGAUUUGUUGACAUUAAACAGUAUUUUUGAGGUCAUGAAUUUGUUGUGUGGUUUGAGCUUUAGAAAUAAACUCUGGUCAGGUGAAGUGGUUAAAGUCGGUAUCUGCUGAUGGACACUUUUCUGUUUGUAAUUUAUGAAGCACUUUGUGACAACUGCUGAUGUAAAAAGGGCUUUAGAUAUGCAUUUGAUUGAUUAAAAACAAGGAUUUGGGGUGUCAUGUUAGGUCCUUGUCAUGAGACUGAUAUCAUAAUAAAGAAAUAUGGAAUUGGGCUGGUUUUAGAUAAAUAAAAUAAUUAUCUCAGACUUGGUGCACCUGUUUGAUUCAUCCCCUACUGUAGUUGUGAUUGUCAUCGCAGCAGUGAGUAACGUCAGACAUCAUGUUCAAGGUUCUAUGCUCUGCUCGGGUCAGUAUAAAUAGCCAGGUGAUUCAUCAUGCCAUGGCUCAAGCUACUGUAAUUGCAAGCUUCUCUUGAGCAGCCUUUGUAAUGGUUUACAUUCUGUUAUUCUCCUUCCUCACGCCAAUAAGCGUCCCCCGACUUGCUCCUCACACAGGAAAUACCACAUAGGGGCAAAGGGAAAGCACUCUCUUUCCUGAGGGUCUGACCUCUGGCGUUUAAGCACCCUGAAUAGAGCUCUGAAGUCUAUUGCAGUCUUACAUACACGGACUGUGACACAGGCUCACAGAAAGACGCCGAGUGUGAUCACAGAGGAGGUCUUCUCAGCAGGAUGUACAGUAGGCUACAUCCUGGACCAGCCAGCUAGGCAGCCUGGGUAUUCCCUAUAUAGUGCACUACUAUUUACCAGAGCCCUAUUGACCCUGGCCAAACGUAGUGCACUACAUAGGGAAUAGGGUGCCAUUUAGGAUGCAAUGGGGUCUAUUCUAAAGCAAGAUCUUUGCAGACACUCAACCAUGAGCCCUGCUUACCAGGCUUUAAUGCAAGGCUAAUGCUGUGCUUUGAGUAGGGCAUCAUGCAUAAAGAUUAGGUGAGCGGGAGACACUUACCCCUGGAGUAUUGUACUACAUAAUCAAAUGCAAUUUAUUUCCACUUCAAAAGGUAGCUCGUAAAAACAAAGGAGGACAUUGAGCAGAUGUUGGAGAUGGAUGAUAACAGACCUUGAUUUGUUGAAAAUAUUUACAGGACCAUAUGCUGCUCAGCUUUUUUUUAAAUUAAACGUUCAAUAUUAGUUUUGUGAUAUUAACUUGAUAAGAAGUCAAUGAUUUAUAGCAUUAUAAAACCAAAACAAAUGCUGCUCUUGUUUAAGGGAGAGUAGUGUUAUUGACUACAUGGAUAAAAUGGCUAAUAUGGUCAAUGGCAAACUGUAAUAUGGGGGCAAGAUGAAAACAUUGAGCCCCCUUUAUCAAGGUAAAAGAAGAAGAAUGAAUGACAUGUUUUGUUUAUGUUCUGCUUUCAUGCCAUUCUAGAACGUUCUGGUUAUUUUCUGGCUAUGAAGCUGUGCCAUUAUUUAUUUCACCCACUUCAGUAUCGUUUAAAGGGGCAAUCUGCAGUUGGUACAUCCAAUGUUUAGACUUUUAAAUUCAUGAUUGGAAGCCGUUUAUUCUUGAAGAAUAUAGGCCUAACUUAUAAAUGCCUUCUAAGCUUAGUUCAAUUGUCUUACUCCAUCACAACCCAAAACAUAAGCGUAUUUUACUUCACUGUUUGUAAACAAUGGCAUUGUAAACAAACACUGCCUCAAAGCAUGGUUAAAACUGUCAUUUUGGUCUUGGUCAGUCCUGGCAGCUGUAGCUCGGGCUAUGAAUUUGAUUGGUUACGUUUCUCCAUCCCCAUCCCUCAGCUGUUUACCCAAACAGUGGUGGGACUGCCCCUUUUUUAAGUCAAGGACAAUUUUUUUUUUACCACAAGGCCUAGUGCAGUCUGCAGGAUGUUGUGUUUAGUUAGACUCAACUCUAGGCCACAGCAUGAUAGAUCAGGUCAAUCUCACAAUGUAAACGCCGCACAAAUCCACACUCACACACAAUGUUCAUUACCGAGAGCAGUUGAGAGACUGCGCCGGAUGCAUAAAUCAACCAAUAUAAAUGGCCAACUUUUCUCGCCGCCAGUUAUUGCGGUAGCCAUGGCUACCUGUCGCAUGUCUCAAAAGGUUUCCCAGGACAUCCAGCGGUGGUGUGUGGCGGCUGAGGGCUGACGAUGUCCAGAGGGGUAUCUAAUUCCCUGUAUUUAUGGUAUUUCUGCACCUGUCCACCAUACCAACAGAGCACACAGCCAUGCAUCUCCAUGAGCAGAGAGAGCAGAGCUGUGGUGUGUGUUCUCAGGGUGUGUAAACACACGAGAAACGGGGCUAAUGGCUCCUGUACGAAAACGCAAACGCACUUCUGCCACUCGGGUGGAAAUGGGGGAGGCACUGAGAAGUUUGUCUGAACUAGGGAGUUUGUUUUAGACGUUUGUAUUCUGAAAGGCAGCGGUGUUCAGCUUUCCUGCUAUGUUUAAUAUUACCUGGGAAUUGACAUUGGAGGAUGCUUUUUAGUUGACUGUGUACAUCUCUCAUCUGUCUAUGUCUCUCAGAGCGUCAGAUGUGCAGCAACAUGUCGGCGUCCAGCACCAUCCCGUCCAACGUGACGGGCAUCAGCAAGGAGCUGGUCGACCUGCGUCACCUGAUCCAGUUCCCCGAGGAGAUCGCCAGCAUCCUGACGGCGCAGGAGCAGCAGCUGUACCGACGCAUCUUCCCACUGGACUACCUCUGUUUCCUCACCCAGGACCUGGGCAGCCCCGACUGCAGCAAGCGCCUGCACCCCAGCCUCAAGGCAUCGCUGUCGGCCCCGGCCAUGCCCAUACAGACCCAGAGGAACACCGUGGAGGACCUGGUCACGCGAUUCAAUGAGGUGAGACUAGUGGAGAGAGGAUGGGCUAAUGUGACUGCGUUGAGUGGUCAGUAACAAUCCUGAUCCUAAAGAUCUACUGGAUGGGAUUCAGUUAAUAAAGGUCUUGAUGAUUAAUUGAUUAGUUGAGUCAGGUGGGUUAGUGCUGGGCUAUAACAAAAGCUUGGACACACUGUUGCUCUCCGGGACCAGGUUUGGAGAGCCCUACUGUAUAAGGUUAUUAAAGAUCUCACUUGACGGUAAUGUUGUUAGUUAUAAUUUUUUGCCUUGUGGAAUUGACCACCUGGUGGUAUACUGUGUUUGGUGGUCGUAUUCUGCCAGGUUGUUUCGCAUACUUGAGGUGAUUAGUGUCAUAUUACACUCAUAAAUGGAGCCCUUUGAGCUGCCCUCUACGCUGAUUGACUUUGAGAAUAAACAUUAAUAAAAACAGCUCGGCCGCAUCAGAAUGAAGUCCGUCCCAAGCACAGAGUGGAAAUGAUGUCAUCUUUAAGUUGCACGCCGUAACAUCAGCUGGUUUUCAUUAAGUGAGAGAAGUAGAGCGAAUGUGCAUCCUAACCAUUUUUGGGCAUGUUUGCGGAGCUAUAAUCCAAUGAGUGACUCUUCCCAACAGAGACAAACAGAGUCUGACAUAACCUCCACAGCAUGAUGGAGAUGGACUCACUGUGUGUGGUUACCUGCUGUGCCCCAGUUCCACCAACUGGAGCAGAGAAACUGGGCAGGUUGUUUGAGCCGAAAUGGCUGUCUGGAGCAGUUAACUCUGACAAACACAAAAUGCUUGUGUGGUGAGUUUGUAAUAACUCUCUGUCAACCUUGAUUAUGUCAUCGUUCCAUCAUGGGGAAACUAAACCUUGAUAGCGCAGUAGGACACACAACAAAGGAAACAAGAUUGUAAGUACAUUGUAUAUGUUUUUGAUCACUGGUCAAAUGGUGUUAUUGGCAUUUACACACUGGAAUUAUAAUUGUAUUGUUAUUGUGUAGCCUAUUUGAUUUAUGGUAUAUCAUAUUGGAAUCAGAGUGCCGCUCUGUUUUUAGUCCAGUGGAUUUGGGUUGUCAUUCUGAUGUAACCCCUAUGUGUCGUUAUCAAAGGGAAGCCACAUAACAGAUAGGGACUAUUUUAGAUCCACGUCGACCCAUCUCCCACCUUUUAAUACGGACUCGUCCAUGAACGGACGGGAGUCGUGCCAUUUGGAAUAUCAGCCACUCUGCAAGAUAUGCACCUGUUUCUAAUCUACCAGUGCUUUCAUGUCCACCGUCCGCAAUGUUUAUAACGCUGAGGGACAUAGCUGUAAUGUAAUACAGUCUGGAUUCAUAUAGUUACGUACUGCAGACGCUUGGAGAGGGAGAAGAGGAAUGUCAUGUUUUCUCGCUCUAUCACUUUGGUGCCGUCUCUCAUUGUCAGUCGUUCCUGGAAACGAGGGAGGAGAAGGAGGUUGGGAUGAUAUCUGUGUCUGAUGGCGCUCUAACUUUAUUUAGUGUCUCUGAAGUUUUGUCUCUGGAGCGAAUCAAACUGCAGUUUCCCCCCCCCUACCCCUCCCCCUCCCCCUCCCUUUACAUCUUACAUAACCCAGUAAUUAGAUCUGUGGGGUGUUCUUUUUUUUUUUUUUAAGUCUACUGGCUUCUCUCUGGGUGUGUACAGAUGUAGGUUCUUAAUUUGACUCUUGUGUUGCUGAGAAUUUUGCACAGCAGGAAAUGCAAAGUUGUUUAGGUUUAAAAAGGUAUAAUGUAUGAACUCACUACUGUAAGUCGCUCUGGAUAAGAGCGUCUGCUAAAUGACUAAAAUGUAAAGUUUGUAAUUUCCACUUUAAAAUGUCAUACAUGAUUUGCCCCAACGAAAAAUGAAUCAACCCCUACAAGAUAUUUCCAUUAAUUAUAAUCCCCAAAAAAUAAUUCACAUUUCCUGUUGCUGCUGGAUUAUUUUCCUGCUGUAGCAAGCUGGCUCAAAUUAAGAUCCUACAUCUGUAACUAUAGACAGCCGAGCGGAGCGACAAGGAAUGUUUACAGGGAUGACAUUAGAGAGUCGGACUGGCCCUGGUUCUGAUGACUGGUUCUCCCAUAGGAACAGAACAGACGUGAGACUGCAGUAUCAGGAACCUGCCUGUGGAACUGUUUAUGUAACCCUCGUUGUUUUAAGGGGGGGGGGGUUUAGCUGCGACACGACAGCGGGCAAAUAUUUGCUCCAACUGUUAUGUCCAGUCCAGGGUUUCUGCAUGAACUUGGAUAAACCCUGGACUACUAUUUUGGUUGGAUGUAUGCAACAAACGAGACCUGAUGCAAUCAAGAGUUUCAUGACUUGUUGUAGAGCCGACUACCAGCAUCGUUCUGUAUUAGGUUGGAGAUGGUGACCGCUACACCUGGGGUGAAAUAAGACCUAAUACCAUUUCAAUGAGUUCAUCAUAAAUCGUGCUGUUGUUGAUGCUGUGUAGAACAUUAACCUGCACAGUGUGAAACACUAGUCCUCUGCCUUUCACUAUUAGGGAGUGUCCCUAAUGGCACCAUAUUCCCUAUAUAGUGCCUCUACCUUUGACCAGAGCCCUAUGUGCCCUAUGAAAGUAGUGCACUAUAUAGGGGCCCUAUGAAAGUAGUGCACUAUAUAGGGACUAGCGUGUCAUUUCAAACGUAGCCUGGCUGUUUCAGAGCAUUGGCAGGUCAUGAAGUAGACUAUGUUCUAACUGUGAGAGUUGCUGCCUCUAACAGGUGAGCUCGUGGGUGACCUGGUUGAUCCUGACUGCGGGUUCAAUGGAGGAGAAGAGAGCAGUGUUCUCCUACCUGGUCCACGUGGCCAAGUGCUGCUGGAACAUGGGCAACUACAACGCUGUCAUGGAGUUCCUGGCUGGACUACGGUAUUUCUGACGACACUAUAGUCCUCCAGACACGUUUGAUACACGCCUCCCUUUCUUCCUACAGCAGCUGUCAAUUUACAUAUUCAGAUUGCACCUAUUAAAAGUCGUUCUGGAUAAGAGUGUCUUCUACAUGAUAAAACAUAAUGUAAGUCAAAUGUGAAAUAGAUCGAUAUGGAAUUAUACUCUGCUCCAGGUCUCGGAAAGUACUGAAAAUGUGGCAGUUCAUGGAGCAGUCAGACAUUGAGACCAUGCGCAGGCUGAAAGAUGCCAUGGCGCAGCACGAGUCUUCGUCCGAGUACAAGAAAGUGGUGAACCGUGCCCUUAACAUCCCAGGGUGCAAGGUGGUGCCCUUCUGUGGCGUCUUCCUCAAAGAGCUGAGUGACGCUCUGGACGGGGCCGCCAGCAUUAUCAGCCUGCGCCACUCACCGCACGACUCGCCAGAGGACUCACUAGAGGUAACGAAGUGGGCCAGGCCCUAGCUUGCAUGCCAGGCUUGUAGCAUAGUAGGGUGGACAGACAACACCUGCUAUCGCCCUAAAGCUCUUAACACAGCUUUUGAUGGCUCUUCCUAGAUGAGCAGUUUGACAAUGUACACUUUACAAGAAGUUGCUGUUUUACCUGUGUAGUAACACUUUUAUUACCACAGUAACAACAGGUUCACUUUACCCUGUUUCUCUUUCUGUGUAGUUUGUGGGGGACUACGGCGGGCAGCAGCACUUCCUGCAGAGGGCGGGGCCAGAUGGGCUGCACAGCCAGGAGAAGGAAGCCACGGUCAGCAACAUCCUGCAGAUCAUCCGCUCCUGCAACCGCAGUCUGGAGACGGAGGAGGGAGAGGAGGGCCAGCACGAAGGAUCCUCCACCUCCUGCAAAAAUACUUUCAUGGACAGGAACAGGAACCAGUAAGUGACAGGAUCAGGAAGAAGUGGCACUCAGGCACAGAUCUAGGAUCAGAUUUAGGAUUCCCGAAUCCUAUCCAUAACCUGUGGUGGGAAAACGAAGAAUCUGCAGUCAAUCCUUUCCCCUCUCCAUCAUACUGUGAUUGCGUUCAUCUAGGCUUUCCCUCUACUUGGCUACACACCUCUAGCAUAUACAGUAUUUGCAUGUUUGAUUUAAAGGUUAUUUACACAUGCAUUUUCUAUGAACGUUUCACAUUCUAAAGCAGAAUUACAUGGAUGAUACAUUUUAGAUUUCACCUGUUUAAACGCACUUUAAUCUGAUAAAGUCGAGAAUAACGUCUUCCACUUUAAAUCCUAAAUCUUUUCUCCCUGACGUUUCCGCAACCGACCUCCACCAAAGUGAUGUAAUAUGUUUAAUGUAGCUCUUAUUUCACUGUGAAUCCUUUCAGAAUGACUGGUGACCCUGUCUUCUUUGACAGAAACACACAGAGACCGAAGCUUUUAUACUGUUCUGUUAAGAGCCACUAGUUCUGCAGACAUUGUCCAUGGACCACUUCAGUUGAGACUGCCAUUGUUGCAGCUUGUCCUAUUUUUGAAGUGUGUCAGCACAACUGAAUGUUCUGUCCAGCAGAGAUGUAGUCGUAAUGAAAUAUCAUUGUUUGGCCUUAUGAAACAUGCUGAAAGCAUAGUAACUGCAAGAUGAAGAAUUAUAUUUUAAGACAGUAUAUUUUAGAGAACAUGCAACAGUAAAGCAUAGAUUAUAAUUAAGCAAUAGGAGGAGGUGUGGUAUAUGGCCAAUAUACCACGGCUAAGGGCUGUUCUUAGCCACGACGCAAGGCAGAGUGCCUGGAUACAGCCGUUAGCCAUGGUAUAUUGGCCAUAUACCACAAACCCUGAGGUGCCUUAUUGCUAUUAUAUACUGCUUUCCAAUGUAAUUAGAGUAAUUAUCACAGAGCGUUUUGGUGCUUCUGCAAUCAAGUAGCUCCCAUCAACCAUGAUUAGACAGACUGAGCACUGAAAGCUUGUACCAUCGCCCAAUUCAGUUCUCUCAUUUAAGUAUAUUUAAAAUAUAAAUACCCGUGGUAUACGGUCUGAUAUACCAUGGCUUUUAGCCAAUCAGCAUUCAGGGCUCGAACCACCCGGUUUAUAAUGUCUGAUAUACCACGGCUUUCAGACAAUCAGCAUCCAGGACCCAAACUACCCGGUUUAUAAAACGGUAUAAUCAAUGACAAGUGUUACUUGACAGGAAGCACAUUUCUUCCCUAAUUUUCAAGAGGUUCAUGAAUCAUAUUUAAUGUCAGGUUAUCUGGGGGACUGCGAGUGUUUAUUAUGGGAAUACUUUGUUGAGAUAGCAGUUUCACAAUUUUCCAGUUUCCUUUUGGCUUUACAAAGCUAAGUAAAUGGCAUAAAUGAUUGUGAUCGAAAUCUAAAGAGUUCCCGGUAAGUGUACUAGUGUACUACACUGGAAGCGGAGAGCAGGUUGCCAGCGCCGUAUAGUUUCCUGACCCUGAUGGGAGAUCUGUUUGUCCUCAAACUGGGGUUAAUGGUCACUGGGUGGAAAAGGCCUCUGAUUUAUGUCACCAUUUUGUGUCCGGUGGGGCCUCUGGAUCCAGUCAAUGGUUUUCUGUGGAUAUCCUCUCAAGUGGUUUUCUGUGGAACUCCUCGCGCAAUGUUGAUUGGAGGAACGAUAAGGCAAAAUGUGACACCUCUCAUCCUUUCACUCCUCUGUCUUCCUUGUUUUACCUCAACUAUUUGUAGCUAGACACUUUCUGACCUUUUCUCUCUUUUCUUCCUCCCUCAUCUCUCCCUCCACCUUAGCUCUUUCACGAGCAGGUCAGAUUCCAACCGUGUCUUGUAAGUUAUCAGACGACCGUUUUAGAGGUUUCCCACUAACUGACUUUGCUUGAGUUGUACGUGUAGAAUUUGCUGUUAUAAUUGCAUGGUGCUUUUUAUGCUUGUUCAUCUGUGCAACAUUUUCCAAAUCCAGUUGAACUGUUUGAGACUGGGCUGCAUUCAAUGCAUCUGUUAUCCUCAAAGUGAUGUUAUUUUGGUAGAUGACAUGGCUGGGAUGUUACAUUCAUUGAGUAGAACAAGGUGGUGAUGAGAAAAUCAUUCCCCCUCUAUAUGUCCUAGAGUAGAGGCAGAAACAUUAACCGUUCACAAAUACCCACUGAUUGGCGUUCUACUCCUCUUUGACCUCCUUCGCCCGUUAGGUUUGUGGUGGGAGACCUGUCAGACUCUGAGGGUGAUCUGUCUGAGUUGUCUAAAGAGGUGGAGUUCCAGGGGCACCGAGGAGACCCACCGGGCCUUCGGCCACGGCACAGAGCUCAUCCCCUGGUACGUGCUCUCCCUCCAGCCUGAUGUCCACCAGUUCCUCCUGCAGGGCGCCACCGUCAUCCAUUACGACCAGGAGAGCCACCUCACCGCUCGCUGUCUCCUCCGCCUGCAGCCCGACAACUGCAUCCUGACCUGGGCUAAUCCCCAGAGCGGCAGCCCCCCCGCGGAGCCCCCAGGCCUGGGUCAACCUGUAGUGAACAGCCUGUCGGAGGGCCUGCUGGACCUCUCGGUGGUCAAGGCUGUGUUCCUGGGCCACCCCGGGGUGGACUUGCAUGCUGUGUGUGUGCAGAACAAGCUGUUAAACACCAUGAGGGCCGAGGAGAAUGGGGUCAGUCUGCUCUACGGGCUCCAUACUACAGACAACAGGCUGCUGCACUUUGUGGCCCCCAAGCACACAGCCCACAUGCUGCAUGAGGGACUGGUGGAGCUGGUCAACGCCAUGAGGAAGAUGAAGAAGUUCCCCGAUCAGAGACUGCACUGGCUCAGGAGGCAGUACGUCAGCCUCUAUCAGGUAAAACGCUUCUUCAUUGACAUUGUGGAUGAUAUGAGACGGCAGGUAUAUUGAAUCAGUUUAGAACACACCAGGUGGAAUUCAUUUGGGAUGUCUAAUGUCCUGUUAAUCAAUACUCAAAAGGGAAACAGUGAGCCUCCGUAACUUGAGCACAGAUGCAAGGAAGGUGAUUUUGACUCGCCUAAUGUCAAUUAGCCUUGAGUGAGUGAUCUCCUCAUAGACUGCUGUGUGUUCGCGUGUCAUCUCCCAUCUCCGAUAGGAGGAGGGCAGGUACGAGGGUCCCACUCUUGCACAGGCUAUAGAGCUGUUUGGGGGGCGACGCUGGAACAUGGGCACAGGGGGCACAGAGAAGCCCAGUGCUCAGAAGAACAACUCCAUCUCCACCACCAAGAAGAAGAAGAAGGCUCUGACCAGGGUUAGGAGAAAUAUACAAAAAAAUAUAGUAUCAGUUUGAGAAAUGCAGCCUUCAUUGUGUUUAUUUGCCUGGGGUUGUGGAUAUCUGUGUCAUUGAUGGGGUGUUUCAUAAACCACACAGGGAGACAGCGGGGACGCUACCGAUGAUGAGAUAAUCCAACGGAAAACCAAGAGCUGUAAGGACACCCUGUGCAGGAACAGGCCGGAGCUGUGUGACAGCAUGGACCAGGAAGGGCUAGGUAACCUGUCUACUACACUACACCACAAUUCCUCAGUGACAUGUGACUGUCCUCACAUACUAGUUUAUGGUUUACAGGGAGGGACACUUUCAAAAAUGGGAAUAUCUGGGAUUUUAAAUGGUCCGAUUUUGUUGACUUCUGAAUGACUCUUGUUCACUGUGUUUGGCGGUUUUUUACAUUGCGUGUAACCCUGUACGUUAUUGAUUCCGUAGAGGACGGCUUCCCUGGACCCUUCUCCCUGUCGAGCUGUAAGACCCCUGGUUCCUCCUCCAGUAUGGGCAGCUCCAACCCCUCCCGCCCUCUCUCCUCCCCCGUCCUGUCAGGCAGCACCAAGGCCCAGCCAGGGUAAGACAUGAAACCUGACCCCAGACCUGUUCUUAGAGGGAAACGUUGCAUAUAGUUGAUAAGACGUCUGUAAACCGAUUAUCAUCUACUUACAUGUAAACCUACUGAUACUGUAAGCCUCACACCAGACACUAUUGCCACUUUAUUUAAACAUCUUUAUCUAUAAUAUAAAAUAGACAUAAGAAAAUACAUUUUAAAUCUAGUGUUUUUAACUAUGACCGUAACCAAUCUCUCUCAUCCUGUCCCUGUGUAGUGCAUGGAGCAGUAGGAGUUGGCACGGCCGGGGGAAGGGCUGCUUCAAGGGCUUCCAGAACCUCAUGAUCUCUGACAGCACCAUGAGCUUUAUCGAGUUCGUCGAGCUCUUCAAGUCUUUCAGGUGCUCCAUCCAACUUGCAGCCUCCUCUCUUUAUAGCGUACAGCAACUAAUAGUCUAUAUACAAUAGUAACAUUAAUUAUACAAGUCUAUGGUAGUGAUUAAAUUCACUCCCACUGGCAAUAUAGAGGGAACUCUCAUAGCACAAGGGCACAAUUACUGCAUUCCAUUCAAACAUUCAGAAGAAGCUUUUAGAAAUCCAACCAAUCUUUCCCAAGGUUGUUUUGUCAAAGACACACUGCGGUUUUCUGAAGUUUCUCUCAAUUGAACAUAAAGACUAAGGCUACACGCCGAAACAUGUUGCUCUUAUGUAAUAAUGAAAAAGCAUACCAUUGUCCGCUGUCAAUGUCCUCCAAGAGUGGCUGAAUAUUUCCCUCUCUUGUCAAUUGAAUGUAAACGCCCCCGUUCUUGUUUUGAUGUGCUGUAGCAUUCGGAGCCGUAAAGACCUGAAAGAGCUAUUUGACACCUACGCCGUUCCCUGCAGUCGCUCCGGCACGGAGUCUGUCCCCCUCUACACCAACCUGAGGAUCGACGACAAGGACUCGGGACUGCAGCCUGACCUAGGUCUGUCUCUCUGUACCCCUAUGUGUUUGUGACUGUGUGAGUGGUUUGUAUUGGGUACUGUUCAGUCAUUGUUUAAAAGUAAAUACUUUUAUAUAUAUAUAUAUAUAUAUAUAUAUAUACACACACACACAGUGAAGGGGAAAAAAAGUAUUUGAUCCCCUGCUGAUUUUGUACGUUUGCCCACUGACAAAGAAAUGAUCAGUCUAUAAUUUUAAUGGUAGGUUUAUUUGAACAGUGUGAGACAGAAUAACAACAAAAGAAUCCAGAAAAACGCAUGUCAGAAAUGUUUUAUAAAUUGAUUUGCAUUUUAAUGAGGGAAAUAUGUAUUUGACCCCUCUGCAAUACAUGACUUAGUACUUGGUGGCAAAACCCUUGUUGGCAAUCACAGAGGUCAGACGUUUCUUGUAGUUGGCCACCAGGGUUGCACACAUCUCAGGAGGGAUUUUGUCCCACUCCUCUUUGCAGAUUUUCUCCAAGUCAUUAAGGUUUCGAGGCUGACGUUUGGCAACUCGAACAUUCAGCUCCCGCCACAGAUUUUCUAUGGGAUUAAGGUCUGGAGACUGGCUAGGCCACUCCAGGACCUUAAUGUGCUUCUUCUUGAGCCACUCCUUUGUUGCCUUGGCCGUGUGUUUUGGGUCAUUGUCAUGCUGGAAUACCCAUCCACAACCCAUUUUCAAUGCCCUGGCUGAGGGAAGGAGGUUCUCACCCAAGAUUUGACGGUACAUGGCCCCUUGCAUCAUCGUCCCUUUGAUGCGGUGAAGUUGUCCUGUCCCCUAAGCAGAAAAACACCCCCAAAGCAUAAUGUUUCCACCUCCAUGUUUGACGGUGGGGAUGGUGUUGUUGGGGUCAUAGGCAGCAUUCCUCCUCCUCCAAAAACGGCGAGUUGAGUUGAUGCCAAAGAGCUCGAUUUUGGUCUCAUCUGACCACAACACUUUCACCCAGUUCUCCUCUGAAUCAUUCAGAUGUUCAUUGGCAAACUUCAGACGGGCCUGUAUAUGUGCUUUCUUGAGCAGGGGGACAUUGCGGGCGCUGCAGGAUUUCAGUCCUUCACGGCGUAGUGUGUUACCAAUUGUUUUCUUGGUGACUAUGGUCCCAGCUGCCUUGAGAUCAUUGACAAGAUCCUCCCGUGUAGUUCUGGGGUGAUUCCUCCCCGUUCUCAUGAUCAUUGCAACUCCACAAGGUGAGAUCUUGCAUGGAGCCCCAGGCCGAGGGAGAUUGACAGGUCUUUUGUGUUUCUUCCAUUUGCGAAUAAUCGUACCAACUGUUGUCACCUUCUCACCAAGCUGCUUGGCGAUGGUCUUGUAGCCCAUUCCAGCCUUGUGUAGGUCUACAAUCUUGUCCCUGACAUCCUUGGAGAGCUCUUUGGUCUUGGCCAUGGUGAAGAGUUUGGAAUCUGAUUGAUUGAUUGCUUCUGUGGACCAGUGUUUUUUAUACAGGUAACAAACUGAGAUUAGGAGCACUCACUUUAAGAGUGUGCUCCUAAUCUCAGUUCGGUACCUGUAUAAAAGACACCUGGGAGCCAGAAUUUGUUCUGAUUGAGAGGGGGUCAAAUACUUAUUUCCCUCAUUAAAAUGCAAAUCAAUUUAUAACAUUUUUGUUGUUAUUCUGUCUCUCACUGUUCAAAUAAACCUACCAUUAAAAUUAUAGACUGAUCAUUUCUUUGUCAGUGGGCAAACGUACAAAAUCAGCAGGGGAUCAAAUACUUUUUUCCCUCCCUGUAAGAUCAGAACGUGUAUAUAUAUUUUGGUGUACUUAAAUGAGAUGGUACAAGCUUUCAGUGCUCAGUCUGUCUAAUCAUGGUUGAUGGGAGCUACUUGAUUGCAGAAGCACCAAACGCUCUGUGAUAAUUACUCUCUAGAGGCUUGUUGGUUCAGAAGGACUCGAACAGUGGAAUCACACUGUGGUGUAGGAAUAUUGGACGUUAAUGUUGUUAGUGUGUUAGUUAGAGAAUUACUUCUAAAGAUGCAGUUUUCCUGUCCUCCACAGACUUGCUGACCCGUAACGGUUCGGACCUGGGCCUCUUAAUCCGAACACGGCAGCAGAUGUCGGACAACCAGAAGCAGAUCUCGGACGCCAUUGCGGCGGCCAGCAUCGUGACCAACGGGACGGGCGUGGAGAACGCCUCUUUAGGGGUGUUGGGGCUGGCCAUCCCACAGCUCAACGACUUCCUGGUCAACUGCCAGCGGGAACACCUGACCUACGACGAGAUCCUCAGCGUCAUCCAGGUGGGUCAGAUGACUGGUCCAGCAAGCUGUACUUAAAGGGAUGUCUUUUACGGUCUGAAAAAAUCGGAAGAAAUUUGAUUUUGCAGUUUAAUGUCUCUUUAACUAGGCAGACAUGUAAUAUUGUGAUAUACUGUACAAUAGACAUGCUAUAUAAAUUAGGUAAGGACUAGAGGAUUAUAUUUCUGUGAUAUACUGUUAAAUUGGAUUUCCUUUGUCAUCAGAAAUUUGAGCCUUGCAUAAGUAUGCGUCAGAUGGGUUGGAUGUCCUUCGAAGGUUUUGCCAGGUACAUUAAUUUCCCAAUAAAUAUUAAGUUGACUAACUCAAGAAAUUCCGUCAUAGGAAUUCUGAAAUGACAUUCGUUACCAGUUGAGUUAAAGUGACCUUUACCUCUACUCCUCCCCAGGUUUUUAAUGGACAAGGAGAACUUUGCGUCUAAGAACGAGGAGUCUCAGGUGAACACGGAGGAGCUCCAGUAUCCCAUGUCUUACUACUACAUAGAGUCCUCUCACAACACAUACCUCACUGGACACCAGCUCAAAGGAGAGUCCUCUGUAGAGCUCUACAGCCAGGUGAUGAUUGAUGCAAGCGUACAUAUUUUCCUCAGGAAAUUUACCUUUUCUAGGUUUGUUUUGGAGGGGAUUUGUAAGCAUCUGAUCAUUUUGUCAACUUCAGUUUGCCAUUAACUUAAUGUAGCAGGCGUAAAAGAAACGCCUGAGCGGGAUCCCCACAUUCGGUUUUCAGAGGGAAAGGAAGCUAGGGUGUUUCUGGUGUUUACCGACCCCGCUGAGGGUGGUUUGCCAUAAGCAGGGCCAGGAGUUUUUCCAGACUAUGUAAACUGACCAGGACAAACUCUGGGCUCCUGCUGUACUUUAGCUAUAAGAUGAAUUCUGUUUUGGUGUGAUCGCCCAUCUUAUUAUUAUGGGAUGUGGUUGUUGUGUUGUCUAGGUGCUGCUGCAGGGCUGCAGGAGUGUGGAGCUGGACUGUUGGGAUGGAGACGACGGAUCACCCAUUAUCUACCACGGACACACCCUCACCACCAAGAUCCCCUUCAAGGUUAGUCUAUAUCCUUGGCACAACACUGCCACUUUUGACCUCAUGUCACUGUUUGGCCUAGAUACAGUACAAUAAUGGCAUACCUUUAUUGUAGCUUGAUUAAUACUGCUGGAAUCUCUUAGGGUUGUAUUAUUGAAUAAAUAGGACAAUAGUUAUGCAUGUUAUGCCUCAUUUACUAUAACCCAUGGUCUUCUAGGAUGUGGUGGAGGCGGUCAAUCGCACUGCUUUUGUCAACUCAGACAUGCCGGUCAUCCUGUCCAUUGAGAACCACUGCUCUCUACCUCAGCAACGCAAAAUGGCUGAAAUCUUCAAGGUACCUCCUUCUGGCUCUAAUGGACCUGAUCUGUACGGAUUCUAGCUGACGUGUCAUGUGUUCUAUCUCGAGGAACCAUGUUACUGCAUUCUUUACUCCUUUGGAGAUAGCUCCAAGUGCUUUGAUAAAAAAAGCCUUUGAUUGUAGCGUGUCUGUGAGGGAUCCUUGGGCCCGCACACUUCAUCUGUUUGUUUAUGUUUGAAGGCGGUGUUCGGAGACAAGCUGGUGACCAAAUUCCUGUUUGAGAGUGAUUUCUCUGAUGACCCUCUGCUGCCCUCCCCGCUGCAACUGAAGGGAAAGAUCCUGCUCAAGAACAAGAAGCUGAAAGCACACCAGGCUCCCGUCGACAUUGUCAAACAGAAGGUGAGAGCUUAUACAGUGUGAACGCAGGAUGACAUCAGUCAAGCUGUGUGUCUUUGGAGGUGACUGAGGAGCCCACAGACAGAUAAUGUCAAAACAAGCUGUUAGGUUCAUCUUAGGUAGUUUGUUUGUUGACAUGGGGGCAUUGGCUACAGGACUUUCCACCAAUCAUACCAUGCUCUGUUCCCUCAGGCUCACCAGCUGGCUCACAUCCAGGCCCAGGCCAGCAACGGGGCACCGGGUGGCAGCUCACCUGGUAACCAUGAUGAUGAUGAAGAGGAAGAAGACGAGUACGACGAUGACUAUGAAUCCCUGUCUGAUGGUGAGAGAGAGACUCUCUUUGACUGUAUAUAAACCCUCAGUAACAAUGUACACAACACAUACAUGGACCAGUAAUGUAGGAGAGAGAUUUUUGUAUUUAGACUCUCUCUUCUUUUUAACAUCUUCCUCUAUUCUGCCGUUUUAACAUGAGUGAAACCUCUAUUGGAUUUACAAUAGCUGUACUUGGAGAUGGGUAUCUGUUUUUCCUGUACGCUCUCCUCCUGUUCCCCUGUUCCCUGACUGUUCCUCUGUGCUUUAGCUGACGUUCUUUCAGCUUCCACUGCCUCGUAUAGCCUUGAAGGUAAACUGAACAACAUAACCGGCCUUCUCCACUGUACCAGCUCCUACUGCAUGGCGCCUACUCUAACACUGUCUGUGCAGAGAUCUUGUACUGUGUGCCUGGGUGCUUGUACGCUUUGCAUGUCUCCCUUGCUGGCCUGCUAUCCGGGGUGAAAUGAAGGUUUUUAAUGUUCCAUGGGUGGGUAAGAAGUCUGGAACCUUAACAUUGUGAUUGGGGUUGAUUUGUAGUGCUAAACUGCAGAUGGAAUGAGGUUAAAGCAGCUGAGCAUGUGGUUUGGGGGGGGGGUCAUGUCUAAUUAUCUGUUUGGUCCGUGUUGUCAGUACACACAGGGCCAGUAUAGUGUAAAUACGCCGCCCCCCCCCCCCCCCCCCCCCCAUCCGCGCUGCUGUGUUUUCAUAUGUGCGUCCUGACCUCGCUGGUGACAGUGGCUCAUCAGAGAGAGAAAACAAAAGACAUCUGUUUUCUCAGGCCCCUGCGCGCCCCUGUCCAGGGAGCGGUGGGGCCUAAAAACCAUAGCCCACUCCUCUACUGUUAGGACCUCUGGGAAUAAGCUACGCUCUCACCAGCCACUACCACAUGUAACCAGAGCCGUAUGAGACACAGACAGACGAAGCUACAGUGUCCUGUAACUGCACUGAACUGGUGGGAUUCCUGCUGUAAAAUAACUGUCAUUUGGGUGAAAAUUCCUCUUUUAACUGCAAAGCACUUUGGAUGUGUGCGCUACAUGGCUUACAUUGCUGCUCAUGCUGUGUGUGGGCGAGAGAAGAACAGGAGGCUCAAACUCCCAGCUCUUUGUUUACAGAAUCUGCAUUGCAUUGUGGUAUUUGUGGAGGGCCAAUGUUUUCCUCAGAAUGGCAUUUCCCCAAUUCCCAGCAUUGCAAGCAAGCUAUCUGAAAUGUCUUAUGGGAAGAAAUUCUUCUCCGUUUACCGCUAAUGGCUUGACAAGGAAGAUUCAAAGUGAAACCAAUGACUAACAUCACAUUGAAAGCAGUCAGUUGAUUAAAUUGAGCUGUUCUGCCUGACUCCCUCACUCAAAGAUGAUGGUUAUGUUUCUCAGAUAACAUCCUGGAUGAUAAACCAGAAGGGAAGUCCUCGGGUGACAAGGAAGAUCAUCACAUCAUUGAUGAGAUGCCCAAGAGGAUGAAGAAAGCAGACAAUGCUGUAACCCAGAGCAAAGGGAAGGUGGGUUUAACCUCUAACCUCUGACAUUUAGCAGACGCUCUUAUCCAGAGCGACUUACAGUUAGUGAUUGCGUACAUUUUUCAUACUGGCCCCCUGUGGGACUCGAACCCACAACCCUGGCGUUGCAAGCGCCAUGCUCUACCAACUGAGCUACACGGGACUAGUCUCUUGAGCCAAGAGAGACCAUAGAGAUAAAAUGGAUCUUAAUUGUGAACUACGAGACACCAGAUCCUAUAUAAAUGUUUGACAAAUGCACCCUAAAUGUGUGUAUUCUUCGAAGUAAUCACAGAUUGAAUCACUGACUCUACUUCUACCCCAGGUAUUUGACAUGGAGCUGGGAGAAGAGUUCUAUCUCCCCCAGAAUAAGAAGGAGAGUCGCCAGAUCGCUCAGGAGCUCUCUGACCUCGUCAUCUACUGCCAGGCCGUCAAGUUCCCUGGUAGUGGGCCUUUACUUUCAUUGACUUUACUAUAUGGCUCCUAGAAAUGGGUGGAUGUUCAAAAUGUUGUGGAUUUGCUUAUGCCUAGAGUGUUUUUAUUCUGCCUAGUGAUUUUUCAAUCGUGAGAGAUAACGAUUUAAAAGUUCACAAAGGAAUAAAAGCAGGGCUAUGAAUUGAUGGUAAAUUAGAAUCAGGUGCAACAUCUGCUAGGGGCAUAAUUCCCCAGAGCACAGGCAGAACAAACAAACAGGCAACAUUAAACCAGCGAGGGGAGGAGGAGAGAUGGUGCCCUUAAGCCACGGCCUUGUCUUAAACUCUUGUCUGGGGCUCUCUCUGUGUGUGUGUGUGUGUGUGUGUGUGUGUGCGUGCAUCCAUCUGUGUUGUGUGGGAAACAGGCCUCUCCACCCUCUCUCCUUCGGCCUCUGGCAGAAGAAAAGACAGGAAGAGCAGGAAGUCCAUCUUUGGCACGGCUCCUGGUCGUAUGGGAGGCAGCCCCGGGGAGGCGGUGACGCUGGGCCGGACCCCAGGGAAGGGUACGUAUGUCUGGGCCUUUCCCCAUGACCCAGACCCCUAGACCUGGAGCUGGGGGUUGAAAGGGGACAGGGAAGGACACCCACAUAGCCGGACUACACCCCAUGGGAACCAGCCUGUUAACUUUUCCAUACUUAAAAUGGCCCUCUUAAAGUGAGUGCGCAAUGUAAUCAAAAGUGUACAGAAAGAUGCGGAGAGGAGCUGUCGUGGCAUUUUUGUUAAAGCGUUUGUAAAAGGGUUGAAAUGGGAUGUUUUUUCUGGCUCAGCACUCAGAGGCUUGGCAGAGAGAGGUUGAAUAGUAGUGUAGCUAAUGUCUCUUUCAUGAUCAAUCAGAACACUAAGAAAGGUACUAUUUGUGUUAUUUAAAUGUCCUACCUAAUGAAAUGUUGAAUUGUCUUAAAGUCCUGGGGAGAAAAAGUGUUUUUUUAAAUGUGUUCAAAUCGUUAUUUGAGCUUUCCUUAUUAUUCACUGCUAAACGUAUCAGAAUCGGUAUCAGAAUCAGUAUCAGAAUCAGAAUCAGUAUUAGUAUCAGAAUCGGUAUCAGAAUCGUAAUCUGCUAAAUGACUAGCUAGGUUGUAAAUGUCAAUUUGGCCCUCUCUGACUGACCUCUAGGUGUCGUGGAGGCUAUGCGUCUGGGCUGGGAGGAGCAGAUGUCGCCCGUACUCAGCCCCAGCGCGUCACUGAGCGCCAUCAUCCGCACUCCCAAGUGCUACCACAUUUCCUCGGUCAACGAGAACGCUGCCAAGCGCCUGUGCCGCCGCCACUCCCAUAAGCUGAUCCAGCACACCACCUGCCAGCUGCUAAGGACCUACCCGGCCGCCACGCGCAUCGACUCAGCCAACCCCAACCCUCUGCCCUUCUGGCUACACGGCAUGCAAGUGGUGGCUCUCAAUUAUCAGACUGACGGUAAGGUGAUGGAGUUGGAGGUUUACUGAUAGGGUUGGUCCAGGUUAGUCCCUGGAUGAGACUAUGCUCAAUAGAGAUCCUUCAUUGAAAGUCAUAUUUUGUCCAGGACCAGGCUGGGACUUUCUCAGGAAAUAACCCAUGAGGUCCAUAACUAGGGCUCUAGAGUUUCUCCCUGGUCAGGUGACAUGGUAAGGAAAAAAAUAAGGGGUUUCCCCAAAUUAUGAACUCUUUUAAAUUUUCCCAAGGGAAAUUUCUAUUUGCCUAUUCUUUUGAAAAUGGCCCCCCCCCCCCCAGGGGGCCCAAUUAACCAAAUCCCCGGGGGGGAAUUUGUUGGGGAAGAGAAGAAACAGGGCACCCCAGGGUUGGUUCUUUUCAGGGUUUUUUCCCCCUGAAAGGGGGGUGCAGGCCCCCCCCUGGGCCCCAAGGGAAACCUAGCCCAACUGGGGUAAAAUAAACCCGGGGUCGUGUUGUUUACUGAGGGGCCUGUUUGCUUUUUUAGGGGUUUUGGUCGUUUUCCCACAAAUUUAAAAAUUGUUUGGGGGGUUUUUUUUGAAAGUUUUGCAAAUUUUUUUAAUUUCCCUCCCUUUUCAGCUUUUCCCAAACACAAAUAAAAAGUUUUGGGGGAAAGGGUUUGGCUGGGGCGGGAUUUUUAAAAGGAGGGAAAGAAAGGGGGGGGAAAAGGAAAGAAAGAGACGAGAAGGAUGAGGAAAAGAGAGAAAGAGAAGGAAAAGAAGAGAAAGAAAACCCAAAGCGGGGGAAAAGGAAAAAAGAGAAAAAGAGGGGAAGAGGGAGAGGGGAGAAGAAAGAGGGGUAAAGGAAAAGGGAGAGGGAAAAAAGGGAGGGGAAAAGGGAAAGGGAGGGGAAGAAAGAGAGAAAGGAGGGGAGAAAGAAAAGGAGAAGAGAGUAAAAGAAAAGGGGCGGAUGAAGAAAAAAUUUUUAAAAAGAAGAUAGUAAGAAAAUUAAGGGAACCCAAAAAAUUUCCCCCCCAAGAGAAAGAAAAGAAAGACCCCAAAACCGGGUAUUUAAAAAAAGUUUUAAAAAAAGGGAAAAAGGAUAAAAAGCCCCCCGGAAAAACCAAAGGGAAAAAGGAGAAAAGUGGGGCCCAAAAAGGGAAAAAAAGGAAACGAAAAGAUAAAAAGGAGAAGGGGAAAAGGGAGGGGAGAGAGAAAAGGGAGGAGGAGAGAAAGGGGGAAAAGGAGAGAAAAGAGGGGAAAAGAACAAGUGGGAGGGGGAGAACCCAAAGGAAAAAAGAGAAGAGAAAAAGGAACGGAGAGAGAAAGAGAAAGGAGAGAAAGGAGGGGAGAGGGAAAAGGGAGAGAGAGGGGAAAAAAGGGGGAAAAAAAAGGGAGGGGAGAAAAAAAAGGGGAAGAGAAAAAGGAGAAGAAAAAAGGAAAGGGGGAGAAAGAAAAAAAAGGGGGAAAGAGAAAGGAAAGAAGAAAAAAAAGAAAAGGACCAGAGCAAAGGGAAAAAAAAAGAAAAAAAAACGUUUUAAAGAACCCAAAGAAAGAAAAAGGGUAAAAAGGGGGCGAAGGAGAAAAAAGGGAAUUUUUAAAGGGGGAAGUAAGAAAAGCCCCCCGAGAAAAGAGGAGUUUUUUAGGAAAGAGGGGAAAGAAAAGAAGGGGAAAAGGGGAAGGGGAAAGGGGGAAAGGGAGGGAGGAGGAAAAGAGAAAAGAGAGAGGGGGAAAAGGAGAAAAAGGGGGAAAAGAGAGAGAGAAAAGGAGAGGGGAAGAGAAAAAAAACAGAAAAAAGGAGAGAGAGAGAGAAAGGGGGGAAAAGGGGAGGGGAGGAAAAGGGGGAGGGGAAAAAAGGGGAGGGUAAAGGGAGGGGGGGAAAAAAGGAGAAAGAAAGAAGAAAAAGGGGGAGAGAGAAAAGGAAAAGGAACGAAGAAAAGGGAGAGGGGAAAAAAGGGGGAGAGAGAGAAAGGCGGAGAAAGCUUGUGAAGGGGGAGAGAAGAGGAUGGAAGAAGAGAAAGGGGAAAAAGGGGAAAAGAGGAGAGAAAGGAGGGGAAGAGAGAGAGAAAGGGGAGAGGAGAGAGGAAAAACCCCCCCGGGAAGGAAAAACCCCCAGAGAGGGGGAAAAGGGAGAGAGGUAGGAGCAAAGGAGAAAGAGUUAAAUCUAAAGGGGUAUUUUAAAUAGUACUCAGAUCUUUCUAAAUAUCCCCCCCUUCUUGCUUUUCCCCCUAAAAGUUUAAUAAAAUCUUCUUUUAAAAGGGGGAAUCUUCUUUCCCCAAGUUUCUCUUUUAUUCCCUUUCUCUAUUUUUCUCCGGUCUCUUUUCCACCCCCCCCCACCCCCACCCCCCCCCUUUUCUCUCUCUCUUCCAGGUCUCCUUCCCCCCUCUCUUCCCCCCGUUCCUCUUUUUUAAACCCGUCUUCCCCCCUCCUUCCCGUCCCCUUUUCCAAACCCCCUUCCUCCCCCGGGCCCUUCCCCCCCCCCAUCCCCCUUCUCCCCCGCCCGUCUCUCUCUCUCCUCUCCAGUUCUCUCUCUCUCUCCACCGUCUCUCUCUCUCCCGUCUCUCCCUCUUCUCCCAGUCUUCUCUCAUCUUCCCGUUCUUCUCUUCUGUUCUCUCUCUCCACCGUCGGCUCUUCUUCUUCUCCCGUCGCUCUCUCUCUCCCCCGGGCGGGAUCGCAUCCUCGCCUCUCCCAGUCGCUCUCGCUCUCUUCUUUCUCCUUCUUCGUCUUCUCCUCUCUUCGUCCUUCCUCCCCGUUUCGCUCUCCUCUCUCCCCGCUCUCCUCUUCUCGCUCUCUCCCGCUCUCUCUCGUCUCUCUCUCUCCCGCUCUCUCCCGUCUCUCUCUCUCCCGUCUCUCUCUCUCCCGCCCGUCUCUCUCGCUCUCUAUAGACCUGGCCAUGCAGUUGAAUACAGCUCUGUUUGAAGCAAAUGGGCAUUGUGGUUACGUCCUGAAACCUCCAGUGCUGUGGGAUCGCUGCUGUCCCCUCUACCAGCAACUCUGCCCCCUGGAGAGAGACGUGGAGAGCAUGAUCCCAACACUCUACUCUCUGACCGUGAGCACACACACAUACACUCCCCUCCGUAUGUAUUUGGACAGCAAAACAUUAUUAUUUUUUUGCUCUAUACUCCAUCAUUUUGGAUUUGAGAUCAAAUGUUUCAUAUGAGGCGACAGUACGGAAUGUCAUCUUUUAUUUGAGUUUAUUUUCAUACAAAUCUGUUUUACCGUUUUAGAAAUGAAAGCAUUUAUAUGUCUAGUCCCCCCAUUUGAAGAAGUCAUAAGUAUUUGAACAACUUCACUUAUAGGGCAUUAAAGUAGUCAAAAGUGUAGUAUUUGGAUCAAUUUGCAGUUUGUUUUGGUUGUGUUUCGGAUAAUAUUUUGUCCAAUAGGAACUGAAUGGACAUGGAUAUAUGGAGGGAACUGUACAUGGAUGCACACAUAAGCAAGCAUGCAAACACACACACACACACACACACACACACACACACACACACACACACACACACACACACACACACACAAACAAACACACAGUGCUCUGGGAGUACACACACAAUCUCACCCCCUCUAGGGAUACCCAGACACUCAACCCAACAAAAACUACAAUGUAGCCAAACGCACUUCAAUAUGACCCAUAUACUGGUCUCUCCCACUAACUACCCUCCUGUGUAUAAACACACACUUACCCAAAGCACUCCCAUCGGGCUCUUCAACAUGGCUUUGAAGGUUUAUUGGAGCUAUUUGCACCAAAUAUCUGAUUUCUCUAGUUGACAUACAGGGACGCCACCCUAUAAAUCUUCUGCAAUAGUGAAUGGUAAAAGAGGUCAUAGAAAACGAGUUAUGUCUAAACAAAGAAACGUUUUAAUUUCUCAUCCAGAGCGAUUUACAGGAGCAAUUAGGGUUAAGUGCCUGGCUCAAGGGCAAAUCGACAGAUCUUUCACCUAGUCAGUUUGGGGAUUCAAACCAGCGACCUUUCGGUUACUGGCGCAACGGGCUUAACCACUAGGGUACCUGCUGCCCGUUAAUUAAACAAAGAGAUGUUUAAUUUCUCAUAACCUGACAGGAAGAAGUCAUGAGCCUUCAGUGGCAGGUCAGGGGAACCUUUAUAAUAACCGAACUCGGCUUUGGUGUAAACAGUUAGGCCUACCCUCUGGUUGAAUGUUGCUGAAGGUCCCUAUAACCAGCAGUGGAAUAUGACACAAGUAUUAUAAAAUACUAAGUAAAUCAGUCAUGUAAUGCCACGUAUCUGUAUUAAAGUGUAUUGAGAUGAUUAAAUUCACUUUUGAUAUGAAGUAAAGAUGUCCUCCCCCUCUCUGUCAGAUUGUGUCGGGGCAGAACGUGUGCCCUGCCAACAGCGCGGGCAGCCCCUGUGUGGAGGUGGACGUGCUGGGUAUGCCUGUGGACUGCUGCCACUUCCGCACCAAGCCCAUCCACCGCAACACGCUCAACCCCAUGUGGUCAGAGCACUUCCUGUUCCCCGUGCACUUUGAGGAUGCCUGCUUCCUGCGCAUCGCUGUGGUUGAGAACAACAGCUCCCAGACCACCGCUCAAAGGACGCUGCCUCUACGGGCCCUCAAACCAGGUGAGGGAGAGUAGGAGGAGGGGAGGGGGGAGAGGAAAUGAGGAGGAAGAAAGUGAUGAGGACUUUAAACUUUAAACACUUUCAAUAUUCCUGACAAAUGUUCUCAAGCGACAGCAUGAAACCUAUAAACAUGCUAUUUAGCAACAUGCUGUUUAGCAAAACGCUAUUUAGCUACACGCUAUUUAAAUAAAAUAAAAUAAAAUUUCAUUUGUCACAUGCGCCGAAUACAAGUGACCUUACAGUGAAAUGCUUACUUACAAGCCCUUAACCAACAAUGCAGUUUUAAGAAAGAAUACAAAAAAAAACUAAAAAAUUACUAAAGAAUACAAUAUAAAAUAAUACGAAAUAGAAGUAACAAAUAAUUAAAGAGCAGCAGUAAAAAUAACAAUAGCGAGGCUAUAUACAGGGGGUACUGGUCAAUGUGGGGGGGGCACCGGUUAGUUGAGGUAAUUGGGGUAAUAUGUACAUGUAGGUAGAGUUAUUAAAGUGACUAUGCAUAGAUAAUAAACAAUAUAUAAUAAUAAUAUGCCAUUUAGCAGACGCUUUUAUCCAAAGCAACUUACAGUCAUGUGCGCAUACAUUUUUACGUAUGGGUGGUCCCGGGGAUCGAACCCACUACCCUGGUGUUACAAGCGCCAUGCUCUACCAAUUGAGCUACAGAGGACCACAACAAUAAACAGAGAGUAGCAGCAGCGUAAAAGAGGGGUGGUGGGGGGGGGGGGGGGGGGGGGGGCAAUGCAAAUAGUCUGGGUAGCCAUUUGAUUAGAUGUCCAGGAGUCUUAUGGCUUGGGGGUAGAAGCUGUUUAGAAGCCUCUUGGACCUAUACUUGGCGCUCCGGUACCGCUUGCCGUGCGGUAGCAGAGAGAACAGUCUAUGACAAGGGUGGCUGGAAUCUUUGACAAUUUUUAGGGCCUUCCUCUGACACCGCCUGGUAUAGAGGUCCUGGAUGCCAGGAAGCUUGGCCCCAGUGAUGUACUGGGCCGUACGCACUACCCUCUGUAGUGCCUUGCGGUCGGAGGCCGAGCUGUUGACAUACUGUAUUUAGCAACAUGCUAUUUAGCAACAUGCUAUGUACAGAGUUGGCUAGCAACGACAGCAUGGCAUGUGGCCAGGUUAAUACACUUCUACUCCCAGUUGUUUAAUGUCUGUGGUUGGUUGUGUGUUGUUCCAGGCUACAGACACAUCCAGCUGAGGACCCAGCACAAUGAGCCCCUGGAGGUGUCCAGUCUGUUCAUCUACAGCCGCAGAGUAGAGGAGAGCCCCACCGGCACAGCCUUGCCUGUUGCCAUGGUAACGUGCGCGCACACACACACACACACACACACACACACACACACACACACAGCACCCUGGGGAAGGAACAGCUAGGGAUUACUUCUAUUAUUGUGGCUCGUCGAACAGCAUCUGAUGACCUAAUUAGCUAGCAACCUUAAAGUGCAUGUAAGGACUGUGUAAAUACUCUGUCACAUCUAUCUGUAUGUAACACUGUAUCCCUGGCAGCUGUUCAGUUCUGAGGAGCGGAGGACAGCCCAGCAGCACCAGGUG